AGUGUUUGCUAUGGCUUUCCGGGUGCGAAAACUUUUCGGGACCUUCGAGAAACGGGGCCUUGGACUGAGUUUCUCGAAGCUUGGUCAUCAUUGGUUAGGAUGUAUCAAAACCUAUAGGUUCUCAUGGUAUUUAACUCCGGUUAGCGCUAACCGAGUCUCCUCCGCAGCCGUUUUUCGGGAUGUCACGCACGUUUCUUUGGGGGAGCGUUGCGUGACAUCCCAAAAAACGGCUGCGGAGGAGACUAGCGCUAACCAUACUUCGUCGGCUCUGAACUUCAGCUGGACGAGUCGAGCAUGCGCAGUAGCGCAGUAAGAGGGAAUCCUCUGUGCUCGUCGUCGUCGGUGCUUACGGUCCUUAAUAAGAAACUUAAACCGAGUCUCAAUGUACAAUCUGACACAAUUCGUGCGAAAGUUCUCAGUUCAAAAUAUUUUUUUGCAUGCUUAAAUUUUUUUUGCAUACUUUACUUGUUUUUAACACCCUCGUUCUUGAUAUUUUAGCACAUAUUUUUACUUCAUUAUCUCUCUCAACAUAAAUAUAUACGUUAUUUAUUUUACUGUCCACAUUUAAAUGACCGUAGAGCGGUCGAAACGUCGUUCGUACCGUAAUUUCUACCGUGGAUACACCGUGGACUCUGGGUACGAGUUGCCUUUCCCAUCGCACCCCGCGACCUCAGCUUUGCUAGAAUCCAAGCUCUCUCCUUCGUCCACAGAAAGAUGGCGGAAGCAUCGGCGGAAGCGAAACACUCAGUGCCAUUCAAUCCAUUCGAUGCCGAAGUAUUAAUGCUACUGCGAGCUGAAACAGAGAUGGUCGAAGAACGAUGGAAAGCGAGAUUGGCAAAAGACGUCAAAGUUGAACCGAAAAAUGUGACGAAACCACUAGUUACCAAACCAGUGUGGCCGUACGAAAUGUGGCAGGUGAAUUAUUUAGACAGUCCAUCAGAGUUCAAUCGAGAAAAAAAAAUUGAUGUACCUUUUAGUUGCACCAGUGAGAAUAAUCAGCCAGGUCAGAUGUCAAACCCAGAUCAUAGCAGUUCGUUAGAUGCAACGAUUGACUCGUGUGAAAGCAGGUUAUUUCGUGAAGCUGCCGACAAGGAAUCGAUGCUUCACAUGGAAGCAGCAGCCACUGAACCGUUAGGAAUGGAAGCCAUGACUGAUAUCUUGCAAAGGAGUAUCAACAUGUUAUCCGACUUGCAAGACCUUCUUUCAAUAUGUGGUGACAAAUACUCCCCAACUGGUGACAGUGGCAGAAAUGAAACAGAUUUAACAACUGCAGAAGAGACCCCAAGAAUACUGAAAGAGACGGACGAAAACAGCAAACGCGAUACAGUGGUUGAGGAGAAUCUUCAGCUGCCCUGCACUGACGAUAAAAGCACUCCUUUUGACUUUGAUGUGGGUUUGAAGAAGAGUUCAGAGAAAGUGACACCUGUCAGUCAAAAUAAAGUGUACAGUGAAGAAAAUAUAGAAAAGGAAUCCAAGGAACUAAGUCUGAAAAGCAUUCAGAAGUCAGCUGAAUGUGAGGUGCUUAGACCUAGAGCAACUGAGAGAGGUCCAAGCUGUGAGAGUGAUCAUGCUGUUUCCAGUAAUGUUUUUGAUGCCUUUGGUCUAAAAGAGGACACUACAUACAGUACUAUGGUGAGAGCACAGGAAACCACAGAAGCAAAGUCUGACGAAAAAGGUUCAGGAACAGUCAAAUGUAAAGAGAGUCAGACCAAAAUUGAAGAGUCAGAGGAAGACAUGGGAGUUAUGAAUAUGGAUAAAGCUCCCAAACAGGUGAAAGAGAUUAGCACCUCUAAGGUGCACCACUUGAAAACUGAACUUCAAUCUGCAGUUUCAGCUCAAUCAGUCUUAAACAAGACUAUCAGAGAGUGGCUACCAAGUGUCAGUAUUGAUCGGUUGGUCAAAACUGAGCACAUCAAGCAGUUGGUAAGAAGCUUAAUGAACAAUACUGUCUCAGAACUGCAGACAAAGCACGAUAUAUUUUCCAAGUGCUACAUCAUAGAAACCGGAAGUAUGGCAGAGGGUACCAAGAUUGGUCAGCCCGAUGAGUUUGAUUUCACGAUUGCCCUCCCUAUGUUAGCUGAUUCAGAUGUGACAGAACUUUUGUACAUCAAACUUGGGAUACAAACACGCCUUCACAACAACAUCCGCGAUGAGGUCCUUUCCUUCCUGGGUCAGUUUUCCUUUGUUGAUUCCUCCUACAGACACUAUCUUACAAAUGCCUAUUUGCUCCAGGUUUUUCGUGAAACACUGAAAAAGCACUUACCUCUGGAAUGGACAAUGCGAGAGGAAAGUGACUUACAUAUGAUGCGAGUAUUUCUCAAGAAUCAAACUUUGACUCUUCAUCUACAAUGCGAAUCUCAACUAGAUGCAGGCUUUAUCCUGUCAAUUGAUGUAUGUUUUGGGAUUCCUCUCAAUGCUGAGCGACUCCAGACUAUCUACAUUUCUGACCAUACUCAUGCUUUGCAUCUUUCCUUCAUUCAGAGCCAGUGCCUUCGAAUGAACACAGGGGUUGUAGGAGUAAUCAGUCGAAACCCCCUCGUUGCAGGACGCUUCUUUUUUCAGAUAGAACCAUACAAAUUUCAUGGCAAUAAAUUGGCUGCAGACUGUUACAAACUGGCAAAACAUGUGGCAAGAAGUUUCCUGCCAAAAGUUAACAAAAACAAUUGUAGUUUAUGUGAGGACACCUUGAUUCCAUCUUUCUACAUGAAAACUGUGACAUGGUUUAUGAUGGACUUCUACACUGAAGCAGAUGACUGGUCUGAAACACAGCUUGGAAACAGAUUGAUAGAGAUCUUUGAAAUUAUAAGUUAUAGCUUCCAACAUGAAUACAAAGCUUUAGCGUAUAACACACAUAUUAACAGUAUGAAGUUGGACUUUCAAAUGAAAUAUUCUCCAACAGAUGGCAAUGUCAAGGCUGGGGUUGGAAUGGACAAUGAGAAACCCUGCAUGAUUCCACGCAUGGAAGACCUCUAUCUUGCAUCAUCUCAUGAAGAAGUUAGCAUUGCUGUCCAAAGUUACUGGAAAUAUAUGAAGUGUGAACAAUGGGCAGUUGGCGAUCUGCUCCUCAAACUCAUUGAGCUUUUAUAUGUCUUGAAGUUUACGAAAACUGACUGUCAUCAGCUUAGUGUACACCAUGAAUGAUUUUUCACUAUUUCCUCUACCGUCAUUUACUCAAUUGAGCACUGCGGGGCUCUUUAAAUUUUUAGUGUUUUGGUUGUUUUGGCACAUAUGGAAAUAAGCUGUGAACAUGUCUGUUUUUGUCCUGUAAGGCAAAUGAUGCAGUACUGUGCUAUUCUUCUCCCCAGUCCUCCCAGGACAUUUCAAAAUUGAAAAGACUGAACCAUGGACAGAACUUGAAAAUAAUCAAUCUUACAGUCCAAGCAAGUCAUGACUCUGGUAAUGUUCCUGGCAAAAAAGUUUUAAAAUAUGCUGAUUAUGCUACCAGUGCUACUUUUACAAAAAGUGCAAAAAUUAUGCUUGUUUUUCCAAAUUAUGCCAAAAAUUUUGCUAGCACAAUCUAUAAGUGCCUACUUCAGUCUGCUGCCAGAGCUCUGCUAUAAUUCAUGGUAGGCCACCAUAUAGUCACCCAACUAUCCCAUAAUAAACACUAGUGAACAUGAUUUGAAUUUUUUUUCUUUGUCCUUGUCCUUCUAUAACCUUGCAUAUGCAGAGAAACAUUGUCUGAUUUUUUUUGAUAAUUUUAUGACAUACAAGAAAAUAAAUUAUUUCCUGACACUUAGGUGCUCUGCAUGCAUUGCAGA